AUGCCAGACGUCCAGGGGACAACGAAAGGGGCGAGAGGUGAGUGGGAAAAGCCUUUGGCACGCGCUUCGCUUUUACACCCGAGGAGAUGCACCUCUCUCGUGCCUUGUGUUCCACUUGGACAGUUCCCCAUACCGCGCCAUUUGUUGAGGAGCUCAUGGACAACCACGGUCAACUUUGCAAACUACAGCUCCUCAACAGACUCAGAACAAGCAACAGAAACGAAACAAACCCCAACUUGGAUACCCACUGAGGAUGUCAAAAGGAUAUUACAACUUGCCCACCCUGAGCGCUUGCGACUGUCAGGUAGGUCAUGUCACUGGUUCACUGUACCACCACUGACAACUUCUAAAAUGACAAACAUUUGUAUUUAUUAUGGAUCCCCAUUAGCAUGCAGCAGCUACUCUUCCUGGGGUCAGGCAAAAUUAAGGAAGUUAUACAAUUUUAAAAACAUUACAAUACAUUCAUAACAGAUUUCACAACACACUAAGUGACACAUUACACUGAAAUAACAAUGUUAUCACUAACUUGUGCCUGUAUAGGGUUGACUUCAUUACAUCCCUUAUUCCUUCCUUAGGCCCUAUUUGUUGUCAUGAAAGUUUCCCUUUUUAAACAAUAAUGCAGUAACUUGUUUUGACUCUUAUAUUUUGUUAUCUAUGCUAUCCUCCACAGCGGCUGUGGGUUUCCUGGUGGUUUCCAGUGCUGUCACCAUGUCGGCGCCCUUCUUUCUUGGCCAGGUUAUUGACACCAUCUACUCCAGCUCCUCAGAGGACUUCAGUGCCUCCCUCUGCUCUCUGUGUUUCACGCUCUUAGGGGUGUUCCUCUGUGGGGGCGCUGCCCGUGUCUACCUCAUGCAAAUCUCAGGUGAGUGUCACCAUUUGCUUCCAGUGCAUGCAGAGUAGGUUUCCAUAGCAAUUACACAGGUGACUGUAUGAGGGAACUUAACUUACUAUCUCUGAAAAUUGUCAUGACUGUUUACACUUUUGAUGCCAUACAGAGGAAAUGUAUAAAACAAUGAUGUUAUGACUCUUGCAGGGCAACAGAUUGUGAGAAAUCUAAGUGUAACCCUAUUCUCCUCCAUUCUGAGGCAGGAGGUGGGUUUCUUUGAUAAGACUCGUACCGGGGAGCUCAUUAACCACCUGUCUGCGGACACGGCUUUGGGGUGUUAAAGACCCUUUUUCUCUGUACUGGGGUCAGUUCUAAGAUUCUGAGUCUCAUCAGAAUGCAAGUCAACUGGUUUAUUGUCAUGAGGAAGAAGAUGUGAUUUUUUUCAUCCCUUCAGGUAGGCUUUCCUCGGGUGGACACAAGACUUUAAAAAUCCUAACAUCGCUGAGCCUUUCACAUUAAACGACCGUCUUUCCUGUAGUUUGUUGUCUUGCCAACAUUGUGGUGCGCACACUAAACGAUGUGGCACAGACGGUGGUCACACACUACAAUAUUAUUCACUUGGUUGUGAGGAUUCUCGAUAUCAUGCUGUCUCACAAAAACAUUGUGAUUAGAUUUAGCGUAGCUACGAGCUAUGGCUCAAAGCAGCCUCAUAAACUUUCAGUCAGACAUUCACCAUACAGAGUUUAAUUGAAUACCAUUCCUUGUGAACUUCAGAGCUGUAACGAUUUGACACUUUCACUUUGGUUAAAGGCAAGUCCAAACGCAUACUAGUAGUAGUCAUCGCUCCUGCUCAAGAGUCUACACAUUCUGGGUGAUGCUAAACGUAAUCUCACUCGCUUCUUCUCUGCUGAGCUCUCAUUGGCUGUUGCUGAUCACCGUUCUCAAAACUUGUUGUAAAUCUCACACUACAAGAGCAUUGCAGAUUUUGCGCCAAUAAAAUCAAAUAUGUUUGAAAAUAUCUAUGUAUGUUAUGUUGUAAAUGUGAAUAUGAAUUAAUGCCCCCAUUACAGAUUACUCUGACGUUUUUCUUGCGCUGUAACCAAUGAUUUAUGAAAACUUGCUUAGUGGGUUGAUGUCCUCAUUGUGGUUAUACAUACGUGUUUAAUACGUUUUAUGUACACACUGUAUUAGAAUAUUUAUGAAAUGCACAUUGUUAUAUUUGGUAGCACUUGUUUUCCCUCGACUCCAACCCCAUUCGAUGCAUGGAACGGAUGUGGGUGGGGCUAUGUCUACAUAAGGGUGCUAAUUAAAAAAAUUCACAAAAGCUCUGAUGAAGGCCUUGAGGCCGAUACUUAAAGCUUAUUAAAGAGCAGGGAUACUAUCAAGAACAGUGUGCGGGUUUCAUCUUGUUCAACUGUUGCCAUGCACCUACAAAAGAGAUAGCUCAGAUGUGCGAGUGCCUUUUUAAGUUAGAUUUUGUGCCAGUAAAAUCAAAUAUGUUUUAAAAUAUAUGGACGUCUGGGACUGCUCAAAGACGAGAUCGGUAGCCCUCAGAUUGUGUCUUUGACCCGAAAACAUUAAACGAGCGUAGGUGACAGCCGCGUGCCCCGAGUAGGCAACGACGUGGGGAUUUUGUCUCCAAUCUCAAAAACUUGUCUGGGAAAGCUAAAUCAUGGCCAAAUCGUGUGGUGUACACCCGGCUUACAUUUCUUCAUUGUUCUGGUUACUCUACGUAGAUUGGUUUGACCAAAGUUCUUUCUGUCACAACAGGAAAUUAGAAUUUAGCGAGUUACUUCCAUGAGUUUCUUCCUUGGUUACUGUACACGUUUCAUUUCAGUCACUUCCUGAAACAAAUUAUGCAUAGCAAAAUAUCCAUAACACAUUAUUAUACUAAAUAUAGUAAAGUUGAAUAAGUUGAUAAAUAUGUUCACACAUCCUCUUUAGUCAUUAGUGGCUUUACAGGUUCCAAAGGUAACAGAGCAAGCUUAAAAGACGAGCUAAAUUGCCUCAUGUUUCCUGGCCUCUCCUUCCCUCUCUGCCAACAGUUUUACGUGUCACCCAGUUUAGCAACCUUUGUGCUGAUGAUCGUGCCUCCUAUGGCUGGCCUGGCUGUCAUAUACGGGAGAUACCUGCGCUCCAUAUCCAAACGCACACAGGACUCUCUGGCCGAGGCCACACAGGUAAGAUAAGGCCUGCUAACGGCUCAUCAUUACAGUCAUUACUGAGGCUGUGUUUCCCCUAGAUUACUCUUCAAGCAGAGUACAAAUACAACCUAAUCAACAUCCGGGUCUUUUAACCCCAAAAUGUUGAAUUGAAACCAAUUGAACAGACUGAGACUCUGUUGUUCUGUUCUCAUGUAGUUGGCAGAAGAGCGUAUCAGCAACAUGAGGACAGUUCGGGCGUUUGGUAAGGAGCUGACAGAGGUGGCUAAGUAUACAGAGAAGGCCAACUACAUUCUCCACCUGGCCAAACAGGAAGCCGUUUUGCUGGCCGGGUUCUUUGGCGUGGUGAGCAUUCAGCCAUUCAAUGUUGCCCAAUUUCCCCUAAAGAGAUGGUUGACAUUUUGUCAAUGACAUCAGUUGAAAUGUACUCCACCCCUUUGGUCUCUUGAAAGACAGGAAUCACAGAGUUGUGUGAUCUGUGAUGGAAGCUUCUGCUUUUCUGGCCUGUAUUCCUUCAGGGGCCAUUGGGCUGUAACUGCUUUCCUAUGGGUCUUUUUUAGACAGGACUCAGUGGCAACAUCAUCAUCUUCUCUGUGCUGUAUAAGGGAGGGCUAUUGAUGGCCACCGAACACAUAACUGUGGGAGAGCUCUCUUCCUUCCACAUGUACGCCUUCUGGGUGGGCAUUAGCAUUGCAGGUAGGGUGCAUAUAAUUGUCUCAUUGCCUAUCCAUGCAUUCUGAGGAAAACCCCAGCCCGGGGCGGCAGGUAGCUUAGUGGUUAAGAGCGUUGUGCCAGUAACCGAAAGGUCGCUGGUUCUAAUCCCCAAGCCGACUAGGUGAAAAAUAUGUCGACGUUCCCUUGAGCAAGGCACUUAACCCUAAUUGCUCCUGUAAGUCACUCUGGAUAAGAGUGUCUGCUAAAUGACUAAAAUGUAAAUUAAUCAAUGAACAAAUCACACUUAAAUAAAAAAACGGAUUCUCUAUCUCUGAGCUUCUGUUUAAUUGUCUGUUUUGUUGAACAGGGAUGAGCUCGUUCUACUUUGAGCUGAUGAAGGGUUUUGGAGCAGGGGCACGGCUGUGGGAGCUAUUGGACAGGAAGCCUGAGUUUCCCCUUAAUGGUCAGCAUCAUGCCCCUCCAUUCUAGACCACACUGAGACAGCAUUGUGCAAAACACCUUAGACUCCUCUGCAUCUAAACUGGCAUGUCCAUGUUCCUCCUCAUUUUUCUGUAGAGGGUAUUGUGCUGAGGCCAGAGCAACUGAAGGGUAAUCUGGAGUUCCAGAAUGUCUCCUUUGCCUACCCAACCCACAAAGAUGCCCCUAUCUUCCAGGACCUUAGUCUCUCCGUGCCUGCCGGCUCUGUCAUGGCGGUGGUAGGCCCGAGCAGAUCGGGCAAAUCCACCCUGGUCUCCCUGCUGCUCAGGCUCUAUGACCCAGACUCAGGUGAGGACUGCAGCCAGGAGGUCAUCUCUUACAGCAGCUUCAUGUCACUGUCUCUUCCAUUUCAUCAACAGUCUUCUGAUUUUGAGAUCCCUGUUUUGCUGUGUAGGUGUGAUCACUAUUGACGGGCAUGAUGUGAGAGAUUUGAAUCCUUAUUGGCUGAGGAGUCACAUUGGAACUGUUAGUCAGGUAAUUGGUCACAUGAUGACAUUAUUAUUAGUUGACCACAUGUUCCCAUUGUUGUGGCUGAGCUGUGUUGUGACAUGUGGUCUGUCCCUGUACUGUUCUCCCUCUGUGGGUCUGCAGGAGCCUGUGCUCUUCUCCUGUUCCAUUGAUGAGAACAUUGCCUAUGGAGCUCCCGACUCUGACACGGUCACAGUUCAGGAAAUCCAGCAGGCUGCACAGAUCGCCAAUGCCUACGAGUUUGUCCACGGUUUCCCCGAAGGCUUUGACACUGUGGUGGGAGAGAAGGGUGUUCUACUGUCAGGUAAAUACAUGGAUUUCCUAAUGAUGGUGUUGGACUUCACUGGAUAUUCUCAACCCUGAAUGCUCUGACUACAGACAGAUAUGGGUUUUGUUAUGGAGUUCUUCUUCAUAGCUAAAACCAUAGCUUCUUUAACAGCUGGAAUGGAAUUACUUAUUUUACUUGAACCAACAGGUGGUCAAAAACAGAGAAUUGCUAUUGCAAGGGCUCUGCUGAAGGUAAUUUAAUUACACCCGAUUACAUGCAUCAACAAUUGAUGUUUUUAAUCAUUUGAGCUAAUGUAAUAAUGUUUCCUCCCUUCAGAACCCCAAAAUACUUCUACUUGAUGAGGCUACAAGGUAAGAGAAGUGCAGAAUCACAUCACGUUUCAUUUCAGUCACUUCCUCUUCAUUUUGGACAGUUAAGCAAGGUCAAUGAGCUGGGUGAUGUCAAAGGUCAAACAACCCAACAAUAUAAUGUGAGCUAUAACUUGAGGUUACUUGCAUAACCCUGGUUGUCUGAUAACAAGUGAGGUCUCUCACGUCCCAAUAGUGAGAGACCGAAACAAGUAUUUGAAGAGAACUCAAUGGAUCUCUGAUCUAAUUCUAAUCUAUUCAUUUUUAUUAAAUAAAUAAACGUUUUCCCCCUAUUCCUCAGUGCCCUGGAUGCAGAGAAUAAGUUCCUGGUCCAGGAGGCUCUGGAGCGGCUCAUGGAUGGGCGCACU